CCCCGCGGAAGGAACGGUUUCCGAGUGCUGGUUUCUUUUGAUAGGGGAGCCCUUCUAUGCUCUCGUCUUUACUCACUGUGCUUUUUGUAGCCUAACAGCUCCUCCAACAGCAAUUUAGGUUGAUUGUUAUAACCUGCCAAGAGCUCGCAGCAACAAAAAGGAUGAAAUUCUUUCUAGACGUUCUCCUUCUUCUGCCCUUUCUGAUCCUCUUCCUCUUAGAGUCUUUCCUGAAGCUUUUAAUUCCUAAGAGGAGGAAAUCAGUCGCCGGAGAAAUCGUUCUGAUUACUGGAGCUGGACAUGGAAUUGGGAGACUCACUGCCUUUGAAUUUGCCAAACUUAAAAGCAGACUGGUUCUUUGGGAUAUAAAUAAGCAUGGAAUUGAGGAUACAGCAGCAGAAUGCAGGAGACUGGGUGCCACGGUUCAUUCCUUUGUGGUGGACUGUAGUAACCGAGAAGAUAUUUACAGCUCUGCGAAGAAGGUGAAGGCAGAAAUUGGAGAUGUUAGUAUUUUAGUAAAUAAUGCUGGCGUAGUUUACACAUCGGAUUUGUUUGCUACACAAGAUCCUCAGAUUGAAAAGACUUUUGAAGUAAAUGUACUUGCCCAUUUCUGGACUACAAAGGCAUUUCUUCCAGCAAUGAUGAGGAAUAAUCAUGGCCAUAUUGUCACUGUGGCUUCAGCAGCUGGGCAUAUUGCGGUCCCCUUCCUGCUGGCUUACUGUUCAAGUAAGUUUGCUGCUGUUGGAUUUCAUAAAUCUUUGACUGAAGAACUGGCUGCCUUAGGAAUUACUGGAGUUAAAACAACCUGCCUCUGUCCUAAUUUCAUAAACACCGGUUUCAUCAAAAAUCCAAGUACCAAUUUGGGACGCACCCUGGAACCUGAGGAAGUAGUAAACAAACUCAUGGUUGGAAUCUUGACUGGGCAGAAAAUGCUUUUUGUUCCAUCUUCUUUAAGCUUUUUCACAUUAAUGGAAAGGAUACUUCCUGAGCGUUUCCUGGCAAUUUUAAAAAGAAAAGUCAAUAUUAAGUUUGAUGCAGUUAUUGGAUAUAAAACUAAAGAACAUUAAGUGCCUGAUUUUCUUGAAAACUAACUAGCACCAGGUUUGAGUUGAUUCCAUCUCAUAUUAAUCAGAAUUUUAAUACAUUUGGACUUUUGCUUUUCCUAAUUAUCCAUUUUUUUCUUCAGUAUCAUCUUUUGAGGCUCUGGUAGUCUUCAUUUAUCAACACUUAUCCUUUAGCUUAAAGCUGAUUUCAUGUAAUACAAAGAGAGAAGAAGUACCUUAGGAGUGAACCUUAUGAAAAAAUGAAAGCAACAAAAAUUAUUUUAUAGUCAUUCCAAAGAUUUCGUGGCUUAUCUGAAGACCUUGCGAAAUUUGUAAUGUAAAUGUUUAUUUUUUGAGAUUUUAAAAAUUUUUAAUUACACUUAAUUUUUAUGUAAUUCCUCUAUUUUCUUUUCUAUUCUACAUAAUCAGAAACUUCAGGCUCUCUGAUUAAAAUGAAGGAUUGUAUCUAGAGGCAUUUCACAAUAAUUCCAUGUGAUGUAAGAAAUAGCUGUUGAACAUUUCAUCCUGCAUAUCACCACUCUGUUUCCUAAGAGAUACCUCAUAUUCCAAUGUCAAACCUUUCAGCACAAGGAAACUAGAGAUGGACCUGCCUUGCACAUAUAAAAGCAUCACUGAGAUUUGGGGAAAAAAGCGUACCCAUAAAUGGCAACAAUAAUAAAUGGGUCAAACGUAAAA